ACAAUCGCAAAACGUAUAAAUUAUAAUAAUUUCAUAUAAUAAUAAAAAAUAUUGGCUGCUGCGUUUGCGUGUUGUAACUCUUGUUUUCACAGCUGUCUUGAAAGUUGAAUACCUCCACAGACCCCGACAAAAAUAAACAUUAAAAUAAAUUGUUUUGCCGUCUUUAAUCUUAAUUCUUCAUAUUUAAAUGAUUACACUCUCGACGACACGUUACUAAUUUCAUGUCUGUCAAGUCUGCCACUUUGUUUUUCUAUCAGCCGUGCCGCAUCUGCACAUUGUCGCAUUAUCAGUUCAAUAUAAGCGUCGUGUGAGUGUCAAUUUGUAACGACGGCGAGCGCGGCUGAUGAUUGUAUUACUUCUAAUAUAUAAUAAUAAUAAAAUGGAACGCGUUUGUUGAAAUUUAAAUUUUCGCAACCGACAACGGCGUGUAAAUGGCUUCGUUUAAUGAGACCGCGGCCGUGGACGAAAACAAACAGAACGGCAAGAGGAAAUGGAACGAAACGCACACAGACACCGAUUGUAGCCCCAAGGAAGAGGACGACCCCAACACGCCUGAGAUGGAGCAGGGCUACCAGGAACUUUGCAAAACGCAUCCGACCAUACUCGUUGAAGAUUUUGAGCCAAUGAAGCCACUCGAAGAAGAAGAGCUAAUGGAGGCCACGUUGACGGCGGAUCGCAAACAGGUGAUCGUCGGCAUAUGUGCAAUGAAAAAGAAAAGUUUUUCAAAACCUAUGAAAGAAAUUCUAAACAGGCUCGCGGAAUUUGAAUACCUCAAAAUGAUCGUUUUCGAAGAGGAACUGCUGUUGAAGCCGAUCGAAGAAUGGCCUAUUUGCGAUUGCCUCAUAUCAUUCCAUUCCAAAGGUUUCCCACUAGAAAAAGCAAUUAGGUACGCCGAGCUCAGGAACCCGUUGGUUAUCAACCACUUGCCCACUCAGUUCGCCUUGCAGGACCGGAGACAGGUGUAUUCUAUUUUGGAGUCCGAGGGUAUUUUAAUACCCAGGUAUGCGGUUUUGGACAGAGAAUCGCAAGAUCCCAAUUUACACGAGUUGGUCGAGUCUGAAGACCACGUCGAGAUCAACGGGGUGGUGUUCAACAAACCGUUUGUCGAGAAACCCGUGUCGGCCGAAGACCACAAUAUUUACAUUUACUAUCCCACUUCGGCGGGUGGCGGCAGUCAGCGUCUGUUUCGAAAAAUAGGUAGCCGGAGUAGCGUGUACUCGCCCGAGUCCAGGGUCCGAAAGACGGGAUCGUUUAUUUACGAAGACUUCAUGCCGACUGAUGGCACAGACGUUAAAGUAUACACGGUCGGGCCGGACUAUGCCCAUGCAGAGGCACGCAAGUCGCCGGCCUUGGACGGCAAAGUCGAGAGAGAUUCCGAGGGCAAGGAGAUUAGGUACCCAAUCAUCUUGAGCAAUGCGGAGAAAAUGAUAUCGCGCAAAGUAUGCUUGGCUUUCAAGCAAACGGUUUGCGGUUUCGACUUGUUACGGGCCAACGGAAAAUCGUUUGUGUGCGACGUGAACGGUUUCAGCUUCGUCAAGAACUCCAACAAGUACUACGACGACUGUGCCAAAAUACUGGGCAACAUGAUACUGAGGGAGCUAGCACCGACGCUGCACAUACCGUGGUCGGUGCCGUUCCAGUUGGACGACCCGCCUAUAGUGCCUACAACGGUGGGUAAAAUGAUGGAGCUCAGGUGCGUGGUAGCCGUGAUACGGCAUGGCGAUCGAACACCUAAACAAAAGAUGAAGGUCGAGGUUAGACACUCCAAGUUUUUCGACGUGUUUGAGAGAUACGGAGGCAAGGCAAAGGGUGAAGUGAAGUUGAAGCAUCCAAAACAACUGCAAGAAGUGCUGGACAUUGCCAGGGCGUUGUUGGAGGAAAUCGAACAGAACGCGGCUGACCAAGAAUUAGAAGAGAAAAAGAGAAAAUUAGAACAGUUAAAAAGUGUUUUGGAGAUGUACGGUCAUUUUUCGGGGAUAAACCGUAAAGUGCAGAUGAAAUAUCAGCCGCACGGGCGACCUAGGAAAGAACAGACGGUGAACUGCAAACAGGAUCCCUCCUUGGUGCUGAUAUUGAAAUGGGGAGGCGAACUGACGCCAGCCGGACGCGUACAGGCGGAAAAACUGGGACAGAUAUUCAGGUGCAUGUAUCCCGGAGGCCAGGGUAGAAAUUCCGACACCCAGGGUCUGGGACUGCUUCGACUUCACUCGACGUUCCGGCACGACUUGAAAAUCUAUGCAAGCGACGAAGGCAGAGUACAAAUGACGGCUGCAGCGUUUGCAAAGGGGCUCUUGGCUCUAGAAGGCGAACUUACGCCCAUUCUGGUACAGAUGGUGAAAAGCGCCAACACCAACGGUCUGCUGGACAACGAUCGCGACUCCAGCGAACAACAGAAUUUGACCAAGGAACGUUUACACCGUCUGAUGCAAAAUGACCGGGAAUUUACUGCCGAGGAUCGAGCCAUGAUCAACCCGAGCCAAGCCAUCAGUAUCGACGAGGCACUGGACUACGUUAAAAACCCAGUGCAGUGUUGCGAAAUCGUACAAGAAUUGAUCCAAAAGUUGGUGGCCGUAGUAGACUCGAAGAAAGACGACCCGAAGAAGGCGGACACAGUGCUGUAUCACGGCGAGACGUGGGAGCUGAUGGGUCAGCGGUGGUCGAAAAUCGAAAAAGACUUUUUCACGAAAAACAAAAAGUUCGAUAUCUCUAAGAUACCAGAUAUAUACGAUUGCAUCAAGUACGAUCUGCAGCACAACCAGAGAACGUUACAGUUCGAGGAAGCCGAAGAGCUGUACACGUACGCCAAGUAUCUGGCCGAUAUCGUAAUCCCGCAAGAAUAUGGACUGGACGUAGACGAGAAGGUGACCAUCAGUCAGGGCAUAUGCACGCCGCUGUUGCGCAAGCUCAAGUCGGAUUUGCAGCGCAACGUGGAGGAACCGUGCGAGGAGGUCGAGGACGACGAGACGGUGAACCGGCUGAACCCAACGUACUCGUACGGCGUGCUCAGUCCCAGACGGCAUGUCCGAUCACGGUUGUACUUCACCAGCGAAAGCCACAUACACUCGCUGCUGUCCGUGCUUAGGUUCGGCGGCCUACUUGACGUCAACAACGACGAGCAGUGGGGCAGGGCCAUGGAGUACGUGAGCAUCGUGUCGGAACUGAAUUAUAUGACGCAAAUAGUGAUCAUGUUGUACGAGGACCCCACCAAAAACGUUACGUCGGAGGAACGAUUCCACGUCGAAUUGCACUUCAGCCCCGGCGUCAACUGUUGCGUGCGCAAAAACCUGCCGCCCGGGCCGGGGUUUCGGCCGCAGACGGGAGGUAACUUCAAGGCCAAGCACAAAGACUACGAGGAGGAUGACUCGCUGGACGAAGACGAGGGCCACAGUAGGUUCUCGGUAACCGAGCCGCAGAACGAAGAGGAAGACCACAGUCGGUUCUCCAUUACCGAGGACGAAAACAAGAAGGACACGCCGGAACAGCCGAUAUUCUCGGAAGACGACACGUGCGACGGCCCGCCCAAGUUUAAGUUCUGCCAGCCUCACAACGCCACGUCGAAGCGUCACUGCUACUUCUCGCACCUGUUCUCCGCGUCGCCGCCCACGAGCAGCCUGUUCAGCACGGCCGUCAUCAGCGGAUCGUCCAGCACGUCCGACUUGCACGACCUGAUGACCGGGCAGUCCAGCUACGCCGGUUCCAUCAUCGGUUGCGACGGCGUGCCGCCUAUACGGCCGCUGGAGACGCUGCAUAAUUCUCUGUCGUUGAACCAGGUCAUCACGUUCUUCGACCAGGUCAUCAACCAGGAAACCGAUUCCACCGGCCAACCCGUUGGCGACGACCAGUUUCUAGAUUGACUUACCAACCGAUUACCAAAAUGCAAUAAAUAUUAGUCGAUAAGCAUAAUUGUUUUGUUUGAGGAGGAACAGCGCGGAAUAAAACGACAAAAAACGUUUUAUGAAUUCUUUGACACGCCAAAAAAAAAAAAAUCUGAUAAAUCGCCAGCUUUCGUGCCAAACUCUGUACAAAAGAAAGAAAACAUUCGUAUUUUUAUUUUAUUAUAUAAUUAUUAUUUUUUUGUUGUGUUUUAUCAAUGAUGUUUGUAUUUUUAAUUAGUGAUUAAACCGUCAAGACUAAAAUUUGUUAUACUUAGUGUAGAUUAUUAUAUAAUAUAUUAUUAUUUAUCAACAUCAUUAUCGUGUAAGUACAAUAGCUGCGUACGUGUUUUAAAUUAUUUUAAUAUGUUUGAUGUGAAGUCGAUGUCCGUGGACCAAACAAUAUACGAUUUUUUUUUUUCCAUUUACCAGUGCGGUGUUAAUAUUAUUUUAUUAUUUCCGGGUUGUCGAAAAUUAACAACGCCUUUCACGCGACAAACCGAUUAAACGUAGACUAUCUUGUUCAGCCCUGAAAACAGGGACACUUCCGUCGGUGUUCUGCAUAACGACGUCGUUAAUGGCUAAAAUAUCACAGAGGUUAGUUAUCUAAUGGUCAACGUGGAGUGAAUGGCAAAAAGACAUCUUCGAAACAAGGUUAACCGGAAACCACCUGUAGGCAUAUACAUUUUAGUAUUUAUUGGCAGCAAUUGUCAUUAAAGACCCAAUAACCCAUUGUCUCUCGGUUUUAUCGUUCGCCGAGAACAUUAGCCACCAGUAGCAAAUGCCGUCGGCCAUCUAACAUUUAUCAUAAAAAAAUUAAACAUACUUGUUAUUUUUACCUAGAGGCGUGUGUGUACUUAAAUUCAAUUUUUGUGUAACACGAAUGUACAUUUUUUUAUACCAUCCAUUAAGAAAUAAGGCAAAUAUAGUCAACACUCGCAUUAUAAUUUUUGAAUAAGUUCAAGGCUUAUGAGUUUUAAUGCACGCCACUAUAUAACCGUUUACUUCCAACCCG